UUACUUUCAAUCACUCACACCACAAACCUAUCAGUGUAGCAUUCCGCACAUAUAUAAAUAAAACAUUACCCACACAUAGAAUACGAAAAUGGCUGCAAAUCGUCGCAAGCAGGACGAUAAAAAUUUAGAAAUUUUACGUGAGCUUAUUUCACUCAAUGGGAACAAGUAUUGUUUAGAUUGCAACCAAAGAGGACCUACAUACGUGAACAGUACAAUAGGUUCUUUUGUUUGUUCAAAAUGCUCGGGAAUGUUGCGUGGUCUUACUCCGCCUCACCGUGUAAAGUCCAUUUCCAUGGCCACUUUCACGCCGGAAGAAAUAGAAUUUAUAAAAGCAAGAGGUAACGACUACUGCAGGCGCGUUUGGUUAGGCCUUUACGAGGGUGAAAGUGUGAAUUUUACUGAUGAGCAAAGCGUCAAAGAUUUUAUGUCUGAUAAAUAUGAAAAGAAACGCUAUUAUCUGGAUUCGCCUGCAACUACGAACAAUCCCGUCAAUGGAAGUUCAUCGAAGAAUAAGCCCAAAGUUAAGACCGGAAGUAACGCGUCGAGCGCAGCGCCUUUGAUAUCGAUUUCGCCGCAAACAUCGAAAAAUACGGUCAAUAAUAACACGGUCGUUCAAACUGCGAAAGUGGUGAACAAUUUGCUGCCUGCUAACGACCUGAGUUACAGAGUAGCUCAACCAGUCAACAAUUUGGUAAAGCCUAUCAUGAACACUGUAAAUGUCACACCAGUACCUGCUGCUGUACCAGCCUCAGUACCUGAUUUUCCUGUUGAUUUUUCUACAGCAAAUAUUUAUAAUAGUAGCCAGAUCAAUAAUAAUAUGAACAAUAGUUUUGCAACUCCUCCGUCCAUGACUGCACCAGCAUUCAAUGCUUUCAGUACCCCUCCACAGCCUGCAAAUGAUCGCUAUGCUGCACUGGCAGAUUUAGAUAUGGCUUUAAGACAACAAAACAUGAAACAUAUGGAGGAAAACAAUGUUGUAAAUAAUAAAAAUCCAUUCCAAAGUACCACAACCAAUGAUCUGUUUGCCAGUAAAAAUCCAUUUUUCAAUGGAGGAUGGAGCACUGCCACAGCAACGGUACCAGUCAAUCCGUUUAUGCAGUCUACAAAUAAUGGCGGUUUUAUGAAUUCCAAGAAUCCAUUUCUCUGAUUUGGACUACAUGAAAACAUAAGAACUAAGUGAGAUGUCAAAGAACAAACUACGUAACAAAAAGCACAAACCAAGCUACAAAUUUUUUAUGUUAUUGAACAAUUGUAUAGUAGUUGAAUAAUUUAUUAAUGUUAUGCCAUAGUGGAGAUACAGUAAUACAUCAUGAUUACACUGAGUAAUCAGAUUUCAUGUCUUGAAUAUUCACAAAAUGUGUAAUUGCAUAGGUCUGGAUGUUAUUGCAUUAGCAGUCCACAGCUACCAUCAUGCAGCACGCUUGUUAUGGUUGUAAAAUUGAGUGCCUCAAUAUGCCUUACAUUUUUAUAUGUAUAUUUACAAUGAGUUAUUAAAUAUCUCAAACUAAAAAGUGAAAGUAUUGCGAUUAUCUGGAUAGAAAUGUUAAAAUAUGAACAAAUUGUAUGAAAUAUUGAUAAAGACUCUGGUUUUAGCUUUAUCCUAAAUUAUUUAGAUAGUAUUGUAUUUAAUAUGACCAGUAAAUGAUGAAGCUAUUUACGUACAUUAAUGUUAGUAUUGCGAAAUUGAAGGCACACAGGUAACAUAGAAUGUAUUUGUAAUCAGGUGCCUUGUGUGAGUAAGUUAUGUUCAGUGAGUCAGCCAGGGGCCGAGAGGCGUCGUCCAAUGAUGUCAUAAAGGUUACUGGCCUUAUUUGAUAGUUUGGAAUUGUAUGGAAUGGUACAAAAUUUAACUAUAAAAUAUGUAAGAUAUAAGAUUAUUGAGUAUUUUAAUGAGUUGGAGACCACAUUUUGGUAAAAAUAUAUUUAUUGUCCAGGUAUGAAUUGCUCACUAUCGUAAUAUUAAAUCAAGGAACUUCUGAUAAAAUCUACCACUUUACUUAGUAAUGAGUUGUUGACUUUUUGUAAUUUCCCCACACGAAAAAGAAGUUAUUUUUAAUGUUAUUUAAUAUUUUAACAUUUUGCGCUUGACAAAAAUUGUACUGAUAAUAAUUUUCUUAGUCAGGAUUAAUGUUUGUAAUAUACUCCUAUGUUUUCAAGGGAAUGUAUUGCAAAUCUAGUUAUAGUUAGCCAGUUAGAAAUUGAGCUCUCAAAUUAUGUGCUUCAUCUGUGAUUGUAAUCAGUUUUAUUUUUAUUUGCAAGGAGCUAACUUGAACAAUUUUUUUCUAAUCAAUGCACUUUCCUAUUUAUUUAGUUCAUAAUUGUUUUUUUUUUACUAUUUGAGCACUAAGAUCUGUUAAUUUGUAUAAAUAAAAUAAUCACUAUUAUUUUUUAUAAA